AUGAAACGAUCCCGCGCAUGCGACAACCUCGUAGCGUUAGAAACUUCGGCUCACAGCUAUAGCACUGAUGCAGUAAACGACUCCUUGGCUUUGGAAGGCCCAUAUCACCGAUUAAAGCGCUCGCGAGCGGUCGCGGACAAGUCGAACACCCGCCACGAUUUUGGGUUCAAUGACAUCACGCAGGACCAGCGCGCAUUGCAAUUUUUUUUGGAAUUAACGGAUCACCAAUGUGUUCAGCCAAAACGAACGUCAAACUUGUCCGCGCUCUCUCGCUCUCAAGCUUCAGAAUUCGAAAGCGUGCCUUUGAAACGCAACUCGCGUGAAAGCAUGUUGCUGCAAAAGAAGAAGCAGCGCCUUGCAGAAGUCACGAAUAGUUUUAAUGAAUUUAACAUUCACGACGGAGAAAUAGACAAAUUGACGAGCACAAUGCACCAUCGAUCGCCGUUAAUAGCCAAGCCACAGCCCUUCAUGAUGACAGAAACGCCCGAAACCCGCAUUCUCCGUGGUCUUUGCUUCCCGCGCGAGUCUCGGUGUAUCGAUCCGCUCAAUAAGCGUCAAGCUCAGCCAUUCGACGUGUCAGCCAUCAUGCUGUCCAUCUCGCCAAAACGAUAA